AUGUCGGCCCGUGUCCCGGUUCUGCUGCUGUUCACCUGCCUCCUCGGCUUCUCCUUGUUCAACGUGGGCGCCGCCGAGUGCUACCAGUGCUUCGAGGGUUCCCAGAUACUUUUCAAGGACACUAAGGAUAGGGCGCCUGACUUUGUCGAGGGAAUUGAGACGCCGGGUGCUUGCACGACCGCGAACGCGGCGACCAAGAAAUGCGAAGGCGACAAGUGCGCCCACAUUCAUAUGGUGCGCGAAAUGGACGGCGUGACUAAUGUUGUCGACAUCCGAAAUUGCGCUUCAAAGGAUGUGAUCAAAAAUGAUCAAUGGAAGGUCGAGACCGUGCACCCAAAAGGCGACGGCGGCGAAGCUUGGGGCAUGUCCUGUGAGGGCCAUCUGUGCAACAAGAUGACGUUGGCCGAGCUGAAGGUGGCGGCCGGCGGCAGCGCAAUCACCGCCCUGUGCGCCAUCAUCACGGCCAUUACUGCCAAUGCCCUUGCUUUUUAC